CGGCGAGCGCGGCGGCCGGGCGGCCGAGCGACCCCGGGAGCGGCCGCGUCCCCUGCCCGCCCCGCCCCGCGCCUCCCUCCCCGGCGGGUGCGCGGCUGGCUGACCUCUGCGGAGGCGGCGGGGGCCCAGCAUCGGGCCGGGGCCGGGGGGGCGCCGGGGCCGGGGGGCGGCGCUCCGGCCCGGCCCGGCCCCGCCCGAUGUCCAUGAGCGCGAACACCAUGAUCUUCAUGAUUCUGGGGGCGUCGAUCGUGAUGGCCAUCGCGUGCUUGAUGGACAUGAACGCAUUGCUGGACCGAUUCCACAACUACAUCCUCCCGCAUCUGCGGGGCGAGGACCGCGUCUGCCACUGCAACUGUGGCCGGCACCACAUCCACUACGUGAUCCCUUACGACGGGGACCAGUCGGUGGUGGACGCCUCCGAGAACUACUUCGUGACCGACAACGUCACCAAGCAGGAGAUCGACCUCAUGCUGGGGCUGCUGCUGGGCUUCUGCAUCAGCUGGUUCCUGGUGUGGAUGGACGGCGUCCUGCACUGCGCCGUGCGCGCCUGGAGGGCUGGCCGGCGCUACGAUGGCUCGUGGACCUGGCUGCCCAAGCUGUGCAGCCUGCGGGAGCUGGGCCGGCGGCCGCACAGGCCCUUCGAGGAGGCGGCCGGCAACAUGGUGCACGUGAAGCAGAAACUCUACCACAACGGCCACCCGAGCCCGCGGCAUCUCUGAGCCGCGCGCAGGACUCGCGGGGCCUUCGGCCAACGCGCCCACGCACACGGGACUGGACGGCCGCCCCGGGCCAGGGCGCCCGCAGCUGCCGGGCGUGUCCAGCGGAAGGUGCUGUCUCCUCUUCUUUUUAUAAAGGGGGUCGGGGCGGGGAAGGCCGCCAGUCUGGGGGCAGGACCCUG